AUGGGUAGAGGAAAAGUUGAGAUUAAGAAGAUUGAGAACGUCAAUAGCCGGCAAGUGACGUUCUCAAAACGGCGCGGCGGAUUGCUAAAGAAGGCAAAAGAAUUGGCCGUCUUGUGUGAUGCACAAGUUGGCGUUAUAAUUUUUUCUGGCACUGGAAAGCUCUAUGAAUUCGCCAGUUCCCGUAUUCCAGCCAGCAGACAGUACGUAAAAGAACGGUCAGUUACGAGGCUCGGAUCUUUACAAGUUUAUAUUCUUUCAGAGCAGACAGUACGUAAAAGAACGGGGCCAGUAGAAAGCAAUGUAGUAACCUCUAGCAGGGAAGAUAAAUACACUAGUGAAGAAGAAUGGGAUGCUGAGGCAACUACAGCAGCAAUUGAGCAGGCUCGAGAAAAGAAAUUUAAUUCAAAUUUAAAGGAUGAAUCAGUAGUCUUUAGGGUAGACUCCGCAAAGGGAGGGACUAUUAGAAUUAGAAGAAGUGUUCAAAGAAACGCAGACACCGCAGAGAGUGGAUCUGUUAGAUCAGAAACCGCAGAUACUGGAGUAGACACCGAAGAGGGUGGAUCUACUAGAUUUAAAGGAAAUAGAAGACAAAUUGCAAGAGAAAAUCACGGAAACGCAACGACGCCCUAG